CAGUCUUGCUGACGGUGCCGGCCCGCUUUCCCCAAUCAACAGACCCAAAGUUUCACCGGAGCCAGAAGGCACCUGGCGCACAGCUGAGCCUGCACCAAGGUCUGAGGGCUCUGCCUCGCCCACCUCCUCGCCCUCCCCUCUGGAGCGCGGCUGGCCAAUGACAGUCUUCCCUUGGCUGCACGGGUUUCCCCUCCCCUGUUGUCUCUACCCUGCCCCAGCUCUUCCCGGCCCACCCCUGGGUUCCCGGAGCGCAGAGCCGGGCGUUAGCCAGUGGGCUCCCCGAGGCCCCUUGCCCUUGCCGGGCUGCUCCAGGGUGUCGCUUCUCCGGCUGCUCCCGAAGGGGCUUCUGGCCCUGAGGACGGUGGCGCCAAGCGCAUUUCAUUUUUAAAGAGAACUGGUGAGAAGAGCGAGCGAGGGCGAGUAUGGACCCUGUGAGUCAGCUGGCUUCUGCGGGCAGCUUCCGGGUGCUGAAGGAGCCCCUUGCCUUCCUGCGAGCCCUGGAACUGCUUUUUGCAAUCUUUGCAUUUGCAACAUGCGGUGGCUAUUCCGGAGGCCUGCGGCUGAGUGUGGACUGUGUCAACAAGACAGAAAGUAACCUCAGCAUCGACAUAGCGUUUGCCUACCCAUUCAGGUUGCAUCAGGUGACGUUUGAGGUGCCCACCUGUGAGGGAAAGGAACGGCAGAAGCUGGCAUUGAUUGGUGACUCCUCGUCUUCAGCAGAAUUCUUCGUCACUGUCGCCGUCUUCGCCUUCCUCUACUCUUUGGCCGCCACUGUCGUUUACAUUUUCUUCCAGAACAAAUAUCGGGAAAACAACCGGGGUCCACUCAUUGACUUCAUUGUCACUGUAGUCUUCUCGUUCCUGUGGUUGGUGGGUUCAUCAGCUUGGGCAAAAGGACUGUCUGACGUCAAAGUUGCAACAGAUCCCAAGGAAGUAUUGCUAUUAAUGUCAGCUUGCAAACAGCCAUCCAACAAAUGCAUGGCUGUCCACAGCCCUGUUAUGUCAAGCUUAAACACUUCUGUGGUCUUUGGAUUCUUGAACUUUAUUCUCUGGGCUGGAAACAUAUGGUUUGUUUUUAAGGAGACUGGCUGGCAUUCUUCAGGACAGAGAUAUCUUUCAGAUCCGAUGGAGAAACACUCCAGCAGCUAUAAUCAAGGUGGUUACAACCAAGACAGCUAUGGGUCAAGCAGUGGGUACAGUCAGCAGGCAAGUUUGGGGCCAUCCUCAGAUGAGUUUGGCCAACAGCCUACUGGCCCCACUUCCUUUACCAAUCAAAUUUAACACAGUAGCAUUUACAUUCUUCUAGAGAUAGUCUCACCACAUUCCAUUUCAGUGGCAGAAGAAUUUUUUAAGAGUUUCAAUCAAUUAUUAAUGCAGAGAGUAUUGAAUGUAAAUCAGAGAUCUCUAGUCCUCAUUAGGGAAGAAAGUCCUGGGUUGUGAUAAAUGAUACUUAGAGAUGAGAUGACAUGAAGAGAUAUAUUAUUCAUCACAGAUGGCUAAUUGGAGAGCACCUUGUUAUAUCCACAGAUACUUUCACGUUCAUUUUGUAUGUGUGUUGAAGUAGUAGAAGUAUUUUGUAGCUUAAAGUCUCUAGUAAGUAAUAUGCAUAAAGUAAAUCAGAUAGCAUUGAAUUUUCUUAUGCAUUUUGAUGGGAAAGAUGUUAUAAAUUUGAUGUAUCACAAGAUGCAUGUCUUAUUAUUUUUUAGUUUUAGGUCCUAUAGGACUAUGAGUCUUUAAGUUAUUUGUUUCAGAAAAUUACUCUUUUUUUUAUGUGAUGAAUCAAUGCUCAUAUGAUUUAUGUAUGUAAGUGCAUGAAUAAGCAUUUUCUCACACAAUGAACAUUUGAACUGUGUUUACGAAAAUUUUCUGGUUUGCACCAUGAAUUUGUCAAAUGAAUAUUUAUAGGAACAUAUUCACUUCUUUGUAUACUUUGUAAACUUUGCAAAUUUGUCUCCUCUGGCUUUACCUAAGUUCUGAAUGCAUUGUAAUUGAAAUCUGGGGUUUUCGUUUUCCUCUAUUAGUAGAAUUUAGUAUUACAUGUGAUAACUGCCCAAUAUUUAUUCUAUUUACUUAGCUAAAUAUUUACAUUCUUGUAACCUUUUAUGGUGUUUCGUGGCUCUUAUCUUGUGGACCAUAAAUAACAUGGCCUAAUAACUGUUUGUGUUUAUGGAGUGUUGUUUUCUUAGAAUAAUGGAGAUGCAGAUAUAGAACCGUAGUCAAGAUACUGCCUUGCUGAAGUAUUAAUUUGUAAGGAAUAUUCUGUAGAACCUACACUACCAGGUACACUUUAAAUCCUGUUUAUUUGUAAAGCUAAUAUGUUCCUCAAUGUAAUUAUUAAAACUUCUCAAGUCACAGCUAAACUUACUAAUUCUGAUUUGAGUAUAACCCAUAAAUUAGAAAUAGCUUCCAUGUGCCACUCUGUUUCCAGAGAGAGGUCUCAUGAAAUAUUCUCCAGAAUGUAUUUAUUACCAAGAAAAUGCCAAACUUUACUUCUUCAUUUUAACUCAGUUGAAAUACCAGGGCCCGAUAGAAAGGGCAAGCUUAGCAUCUGUAUUUCCAGAUAAAAGUUGUUAUCGAUAUAUAAACUCGUUUUGUGAGUGGUGAUGUUGCAAGAAUUUUAGCACAAAACAGCCUUGUGUCUUAGAUGAUAUCUGUAACCAGUUUCUGAAUCCCGUUGGAUAAAUCUGUAUUGUGAUAUCUAUUUGACCUUAAUAAAGUUAUUGCAUACAA